CGUAAUUAGAACGAAUUUGACGCCUUGCAAAGUUUGUUGAAAUGGUUGGGUGUAGUAUUCUUGCCCACAGCAUUUACCUUUAGUUUAGAGGACAGUGCACUUUGCAAAAAUGCAUCGCACUUUUUCAACUCAUGGUGUGCGAUGGCUGCGAUCAUUGUCCGUAGAAUUUCGCCCCUCACGGUCAUUAUCGAAUCGUGCGUUUUUCCUCCCUCUGCGUUCUUGUGGGAUCAUCUCAGCAUAUCCAUAUUGGAGGAGGCAAUUUUCCAAACAAAGUGACACUUCAGCUUCGUUAGAUGCGGACGAUGAACACCCAGAGAGUGCAGAAAUAUUACAAGAUCUUCGAGCUCGUCACCAUUACCACCACGACAAAGAUGCAGGGAAACUUCAUGAAGUUUACGUUUUAGAACCCGAUUUUAAAUGGGGAAGAAAUCGCUUUCGAGCCGUCACAAGCCAGCAUCGACUAGAUGAAGCAUGUGCGCUGGUGGAGUCGAUCGAAAGCUGGAAGGUGGCCGGUAGAAGUAUAGAAUCCGUCAGAAGGAUGGACAGAAAAACAUUUUUCGGAAAAGGAAAGAUCGAGGAGUUAAAUGAAAGAUUCAAAGAAAUGAAAAAUUCUUCUUCUCCCUUUGACAGUGUUUUAAUCGAUGUAGCUCAGCUCAAUAAUUGGCAGCAUACACAAUUAGAAGACAUUUGGGAUGUUAAGGUGUAUGAUAGGUUUGGUGUGGUGUUGCAAAUAUUCAAGGAGAGAGCCAAAACAGCAGAGGCAAAGAUUCAGGUGGAAUUAGCAGAGUUACCAUACAUCAGGUCAAGAUUGGUACAUAGAGGGAGUUUUGAUCAGCAGAGAGGUGGAACACACACCAUAGGAGGAUCUGGAGAAACAAUCCUGGAAAAGCAGAGAAGGAUUUUAUUUGAACGUGAAAUAAGACUGAAAAAGAAGUUAUACGCUAUCAAAAAGCAGCGUGAGCAUGUUAGGCAUGACCGACAAAAGAGACAUGUACCAACAGUGGCAGUUGUAGGUUACACCAAUGCAGGCAAAACAACUCUGAUUAAGGCGUUAACAGAUGAAGCUAAGAUGCAGCCUGAAGACAAACUCUUUGCAACUCUUGAUGUAACAGCACAUCCAGGGAAACUCCCAUCUGGCAUGACUGUUCUCUUUAUUGACACUGUCGGAUUUGUGUCCGACCUGCCCCCAGAACUUGUUGAGUCUUUUUCUGCAACAUUGGAAGAUAUUUCAGAUUCAGAUUUAGUUGUACAUGUGCGUGACGUCAGUCACCCAGAAUGUGACGCUCAACUGGAUGACGUCAUGACAGUUCUUGAGAAACAACUCAGCAUUAAGGCACCUUUAAUGGAAACCAUGAUAGAGGCUCAGAAUAAGAUUGAUCUUUGCAAUGAUAAAAACUUCCAAGUUAGAUCCGGCGUGUUAAGCGACAGGCGGACCAAGAUAAGUGCGGUAAACAAAACAGGUUUGAGUGAGCUUCGUGCAAUGGUCGAAAAAGGGAUCAUAGCAUCCACAGGGAGACAAGUCAAGAAACUUGUAUUUCCUCCAGAUGGACCACAGCUUAGGUGAGAAGACAGAAAAGCAUUCAGAAAUAUUCAAACGCAGAGGAUUUAUGCAGAGCAACGUUAACUUGAAACAUGAUUGGCAAAAUUUGUUAUUGAUAUCUUUUUUUCAUGUGAUCCUCUGACUUGAGACCAAAAGGUUGGUUUGAACUAUUGGAAUAGCUGUAAUAAGUAAUUUGAGACUUUCUUUGCGCUUUUGAAAAAAGUCGUUUUCUUUUCACGACUUAAAUGGAUGCAGAUAUAUCUUUUCUUUUUGACUGUUUAUUUUAGCUGGCUUUAUCACGAGACAACAGUCCAGGACACAUCAGCUGACGAGGAUGGAAAUAUUGUUGCUACAGUCGUCAUGGAUGAAGCAGCGAGGAAAAAAUACCAAGCAAAAUUUGGGAAGAUUGAUUAAUGGCCUCUUCCCUGUUUGCAAAUCGUUCAACUGAAAAAUAGCAAGGAAGAAUUCUACCAUGGCUCUAAACCGAUAAACUAGCAAAGGAAAACGUAAUUGUUUUUCCCCUGCAUCCCAUUUGAGUUUGUCUGCAUAUGAGGAUCGCCUGUUAUUUACCAUACGGUCUACAAGCAUGGUGGAAAAGUAAACGCUUAAUAUGUAUUUGGUAGGAAAAGGUCUGUAUUUCAUGACGACUAGUUUUCUUCACAUGGGACGUAAGAAGCGUCUUCUUUCACCAUAUCGAGAGAGGAAGGUUGCAAGCACUUCGUAACUUAGAACAGUCUCCUUUCAACCGAUGUCACCAGCUACCGAAACCUAGCAAGCGAAUUAUUCAC